AUGGAAGGGCACAAUGCCUCAGUCAUUCUUCUGCAGGCAUAUGACUUUGAAAAAAGGUUUGAUGACCAAGAAGCCAUUCAGUGGAUGCAGGAGAACUGGAGUAAGUCCUUCUUUUUCUCACUUCUAUACGCUGCUGUGAUAUUUGGAGCACAGCGUGUCAUGAAACAAAGGAGAGGGUUUGAACUGCGCAGGCCUUUGGUCCUUUGGUCCUUUACCCUUGCAAUAUUCAGUAUCAUUGGGGCAAUCCGCACUGGUUGGUACAUGUGCAACAUACUCCUUUCCAAUGGGUUCAAGCAAUCUGUCUGUGACCGCGGUUUUUAUAUUGGGCCUGUUAGCAAGUUUUGGGCAUACGCCUUCGCCCUCAGUAAAGUUCCUGAGCUUGGUGACACUUUGUUCAUUGUCCUACGCAAGCAAAAGCUAAUUUUCCUUCACUGGUAUCAUCACAUCACUGUGUUGCUCUACUCUUGGUACACGUAUAAAGAUACGGUAGCUGGAGGAGGUUGGUUCAUGACCAUGAACUACACUGUCCAUGCCUUCAUGUAUUCUUAUUAUACACUGCGUGCUGCAGGAAUUCACGUGCCACGUCCAUGUGCCAUGUUCAUCACAUUCACCCAGAUCUUACAAAUGGUUAUGGGCACUUUAGUCAAUGUCCUUGUGUAUAAAUGGAUGCAAAGUGGGAUAUGCUCAAGCAAAUUGGAGAACAUUUUCUGGUCAACGCUGAUGUACUUAAGCUACUUUAUUCUUUUCUGCAGCUUCUUUUAUAAUUCUUACAUGAAACCCCCUAGAAAAAAUAAGGGUGAUUAACCUGAAAUGAAAUGCAUUUCUACCAGCUAACAUUUCCUAAAGUAAAAUGUGACUAGGGACUACAUAUUAUAUUAAUAUAUUGAGUAAUGUUCUAUACAAUAUUUGUCAUAUGCCUAUUGCCAAUUUUAUAAGUAGAUUCAGUAGUUUGGUGUGCCGUGAUAGUUAUCUUUAGAAAUUCUCAGAAUAGACCUACACCCACAUAUGCAUCCUGCAGCUGAAAGUCGUGCCAGCAGUAAACAAUGCCCAACAAUUUAUUUUUAUAUAGGUAUUCAUACAUUUUAAAGUUUAUUUUGUACCUUCUUCAGAAUUUGACUGGUUAAGAUACUGUCAGUGGAACACUACUACAUAUAAAACAAGAAUAAGGCAGGAGCAAAGCUUUACAUAGGGUUUAUGAAGAAUUUGUCAACAGCUCUGAUGGUCCCUAAGACCACUUUAUAUGCAGCACAUGUGUUUGUCUACUUAUGCACACCCAUACAGUAAUUAUAUGUUUAAGUUUCAUACAUACAUUGAGAUCUAUCGCUAUUUGGACAUGCAUAGGCAGACAAGCACCUCUGCAUUGUGCUCCCCAAUGUCUCAGUUAGGCCUCAUGCACAAGUCAGAAAUUAUAUGGCUUCACAUGGAGUCCCAUGCAACUCUAUGGCCCCUUUCACA